CUUUGGACGAGGCUCACUCCUUUCAUCGUAGUCUGCUUAUACAACGCCUUCACAAAUUCCUGCGCAUCACGGUCAAAGAUCCGACAGAACCAGGAGACUGCCAGCGAAGAGCUGAUAUCGCUCUAGCGUAAUCGGGCUCGCAACAAUUCUAGAACCCGACCUGUCACGUCUCCCUCUUUCCAUCAUGGCGGACGAUUCGGUCUACCCUAUCCAUUUGCUCAUGGAUGAGCUCAAGUCAGAGGAUGUGAUGCUUAGAUUGACGUCGAUUCGUCGCCUAUCAACCAUCGCACUUGCUUUAGGUCCCCAACGCACGAGGGAAGAAUUGAUUCCUUUCCUGCAAGACCAACUGGAUGACGAAGACGAAGUGCUUCUGGUGCUUGCAGAGGAGCUGGGUGGAUUUGCAGAGUACGUCGGAGGCAAAGAAUGGGCAUGGACAGUAUUGGGACCAUUAGAAAAUCUCGCUGCGGUAGAGGAGACCCUCGUCCGGGACAAGGCUGCUGAGAGUAUCUCCAAGAUCACCGUUCAGAUCUCGCCUCAAGCUCUCGACCAACACUUCCUGCCCUUGCUUAAGCGCCUGUCAGGCGGCGACUGGUUCACUUCCCGGACGUCAGCAUGUGCCCUCUACGCCGCGCCGUAUCCAAAAGCACCGACCGAGAUGCAGGCGGAGAUGAGGCGCAUGUUCCAGCAAUUAGGGUCUGACGACACACCAAUGGUCAGACGGGCAGUUGCCAAGGCUCUUGGACCGUUGGCCAAAGCUGUCGCUUCUGUUCCCGGUCAAAAAUCACUUCUCAUCUCUGAUCUCCUUCCCCUGUACCGCAAACUCGCGUCUGACGAUCAAGACUCUGUUCGACUCCUCACCAUUCCCGAUCUCAUUGCGUUCGCCCAAAACCUGUCUCCAGAAGAAGUCAAAGAGUACUUGCUAGAUGUCAUGCGAGCUUCCGUGUCGGAUAAGAGCUGGAGAGUGAGGUACAUGGUCGCCAAUGAGUUUGUUGGACUGGCCGAGGCUGUCGGAGAGAAUAUUGUGCGAGACGAGCUUGUCAGAGCCUUUGUGGGUCUGUUGAAAGACAACGAGGCGGAAGUGAGAACUGCCGGUGCAGGCCAGAUUCCUGGGUUUGCUAAAUUGGUUGACCGUGAUACAAUCCUGUCUAGACUGUUGCCUUGCGUCAAGGAUCUGUCCACCGACUCUAGUCAACAUGUCAGAGCGGCGCUGGCCAUGCAGAUCUCCGGCCUUGCACCGUUACUUGGCAAGGAUCUGACAAUCGAACACCUGCUCCCGCUCUUCCUUCAACUGCUCAAGGAUGAUUUCAGCGAGGUCAGGCUUAACCUCAUUAGCAAGCUGGAGAUGGUGAACAACGUCAUUGGCAUUGAGCGCCUAUCGCAGGCUUUACUGCCGGCGAUCAUUGAGCUCGCUGAAGACAAACAAUGGCGUGUCCGACAGGCAAUUAUUGAAUACAUUCCUCUGCUGGCCACUCAACUCGGUGUUCAGUUCUUUGACGAUAAACUUGGGGCACUCUGCAUGUCCUGGCUUGGAGACACUGUAUUCUCGAUCCGGGAAGCGGCCACCAUCAACCUCAAAAAGCUCACCGAUGUAUUCGGCGUUGAAUGGGCUAGAGCAACCAUCAUUCCAAAGGUCUUGGAGAUGGGAGACCACCCUAACUACCUCUACCGCAUGACCACCAUUUUUGCCAUUACCACCAUGGCAUCCUCCCUUAACGUCCAAAUCAUCCGGGACACUGUUUUAGAUGCCGCCCUCUCCCUCUCCGAAGAUCCUAUCCCAAAUAUUCGAUUCAACGUCGCAAAGUGUCUGGAGACUCUCGCAGGAGUCUUGAGUACAUCGCCCGACGGCCAGGAGUUGAUACAGAGGCGCAUUAUUCCCGCAGUCAGCAAGCUGCAAAAUGACACCGAUGCCGAUGUCAGGUAUUUCUCAAACAAGGCGAUGGAACGGACAGUCGGUGAUGGAGCGGAGGAGCCAAUGGUGCUCUCAUAGAGUCGAGGUGGAAUAGCUUUGACAGUAUGCGCUGCAUGGAGCGGGAUUGUGGCGAUAGGCGACUCUUCCCUGGUCCACAGUGUUCAAGGUCAGCGGCUCGGUAGACGAGUGGAGAUACUCGAUGCUGCUGGAGGACUAUAGUUUUGACAUGAUGUAUAUGACUGUGCAAGAGACAAGCAACGAGCAUUCAGAUCGAGGUGAAAAAUGCAUGCGAU